AUGAAAAGUGUAAUACUAUUACUUCUUUUAAUCAGUUUAUUGGCUGUAUCACAAGUAUCAGCUAUGAAUACAGUCAAUUGUACCAAUGUAAAUGGAGACAACUUUUUCAACAAGUGUAUGAUGAACAAUGAGAAUGUACUACCAUUGAUGGCAAACUUUAUCAUGCAGUUUGUCAAUCCACGUACCGUUGCCUACACUGUCACCAGCUUGUUGUUGAUUCUACCAGCAAUGUUUUUGGUCGGUGCCUCUCCAUCGGUCUAUCCAGCACUCAAGAACAAGUAUGUAUCGAUGCGUAUCACCAUCGUACACAUGCUUCAUCGUGCUGCCUAUCCAUUGGUACUUGGUGUUGGUCUCUAUGCAAUCUUUCGUCAACGUCGUCCAUGUGAAUGUAAUGGUGUUCAUGUUGGUAGUUAUUAUGGUAUGCCAUCUGGUGAUGCCAUGGCAGGAGGUAUUUUAGGUGCCUUUUUAAUUGAUUCUGCACCAUUUUAUCCACUCUUUGCUAGAGUUGCAGGUGUCUUGUUGAUGGCUUGCGUUUGUUUUGAACGUACCAUCUUGGGUUUCCAUACUGUUGGUCAAGUCCUCACUGGUACAUCUAUUGGUUUCUUCCUUCAUUUCUAUUCAACUCGUGUUCCACAAUGGGUACUCAUCAUUGAUAUCAUUGCUCAAUGGGUUCUUUCAAUCCUUGCUUUACAAUUGGAUAAGGAUUUAGUUUAUGCUUCAAAUGAUCCAAAUAAUUUAUGGGUAUGGUUUGUUUGGGGUUUAUCAUUCCAAAUUUUAGUGUUGUUCCAUUUAUUCAGACUUGGAAAGAAUCCAUUGACUGGAUGGAGUAUUCUUAAAAAGAGUUACAAUGCCAUGUCAAAACCAGAUUUAAAUAUUCAAGCAGAAGCUCAUGAUCAAUUAUUAUCAUUCUCUAUUAGUCCAGUAUGUUAUAUCACAAUCAAAAUGAGUAGAACAAGUGACGAUGAAGAAUCAAGAGAAAGAUUAAAUAGAAGAAUUGUUAUGGAUUCUGACAUUGUUUUCACAGUAAUUGCAUUUAUUCCAUUCUUGGCAGUUAACUUUAUCUCUUAUUGUAUGCAAAAUUGGAAUUGGAUGGUUAGAACCAGUUCCUCUGCCAAUGGAGGUACUCACAUGUAA